AUGAAUGGCAUAAAACCUUCUAAUACUAACCGCAACCCAUAUCAAGGAAAACUUGCAAAUUUGCGAUCCAUACGGUUCUAUAAUUUACAUUUAAAUGUUAGUGAUAAUGUGGAAAAUAACUCAAACAAUGCACAAACCUUUACUGGACCAUCAGAACAACAGCAAUUACCAUCUACAAGAAUUUCAAAUAGACGUCGAAGUACAAUAAAUUCGAUAGRRGAGUAA